GUGCAAAAAAAUAGGCAGCCGUAGCGAUCGACCUUCUCCGACGAGUUCUCUCUUUCUUCUCCUUCCCCCGGCAACGAGCCUGACGCCGCUCGCGCCCGCGGAGGGGAGGGGAGGGGAAGAUCUAGAACCGCGGGGAAGACGACGGCUGAUGGCUAGCUAUAGCUGAUUGAUUUAGCGGCUCAACAUAUAUACCAAGGCGGCGCGGCCGGCCGGCACGCCGGCAGGGUGGUCGCCGGCGAACCUCGCGUAGAGCUCACCCUCCCCUCCUCCGGUGGUCUGCCUCCCCCUGCAUUGGCGGAUCGAGGACGCACGCACGUACGACUCGUUCGUUCGUUCACUGCCAUGCCGGCCCGUGCCCUCGCCGUCGAAUCGUCGUCGUCGUCGUCGUCCCUGCGCGUCUGUGACGUCUGCUGCUGACUCGUGGAUGUAGCUUGAUUGCUCGCCGUACGUCGUCGACAUGUUGCUGUAACGAGCCGAAAACACCAGCGAAGUCCGUUGCGUAGCCGGCCGGCCUCACCUCCGGUCGCCGACGCCGGAGGUAGCGUGAAUUCGUUUUCAUCGGUCAGGAUGGCAAUCGCGGUCGGCCAUUGCCGCGAGCUGAGUCCCCCCGGUGGCGGCGUCCGCGGCCGGCACUGCCGCCUCCGCUCCGUCACCCAGCUAGACUGCCCGGUGUUCGACGACCAUGACCUGGACCUGGACCGCCGAGAGCGCAACGGGCACGCCGGCCUGUCGCCGCGGCGGAGCCUCUCCUCGCCGUGCUUCUCCACCGUCGUCCCUCCCGCCGCCGACCGCGCCGAGCCCGCGCGCGACGACGGCGAGAAGAUGAUGCCGCGCGUGGAGAUCGUCGCGGGCGGCCACGCCCGCGGGGUGCACGAGCUCAUCGCGGAGGCCGCGGGCGCCAUCGCGACGGGGACGCGCCUCGUGCCGGCGCAGGGCGGGAUCGGCGGCGCGCUGCUGCUCGAGGACGGCCGCUCCGUCGACCACGUGGCGGUGAUCAAGCCGCUCCUCGACGACGCGUCCUCGCCGUCCCACGGCGGUGGAGGAGGCUACGCGAGCAAGGCCGUGCUGCGGGAGGUGGCCGCAUUCCUCCUCGACCACGACGGCUUCGCCCGCGUCGAGCCGACCGCGCUGAUCAAGAUCUCGCGACCCGCCAUGCCGACGACCACGGCCUCGAUCCAGCGCUUCGCGGCGCACGAGUGCGACGCCGGCGAGCUCGGCCCGUCGCGGUUCUCCGUGGCGUCCGUGCACCGCAUCGGCAGCCUCGACGUCCGCCUCCUCAACAUCGACCGCCACGCCGGCAACAUCCUCGUCAAGAAGUCGCCGGAGAGCGAGUGCGCCAGCGGCGGCAGCACGUUGACGCCGCUGGACCUCGUGCCGAUCGACCACGGGCUCUGCCUCCCGGAGCAGCUCGACGACCCCUACUUCGAGUGGCUGCACUGGCCGCAGUCGUCGCUGCCAUUCUCUGGCGCCGAGCUGGAGUACGUCGCGUCGCUCGACCCGUUCCGGGACGCCGCGAUGCUCCGCGCCGAGCUGCCGUCGCUGACGGAGGCGGCCAUCCGGAUCCUCACCCUCUGCACCAUCUUCCUGCAGCGCGCGGCCGCCGCGGGGCUCUGCCUCGCCGACAUCGGCGACAUGAUGACACGCGAGUUCUCGGCGAUGGAGGAGGGGCUCAGCGCGCUCGAGUCCCUCUGCAAGAACGCCUACGAUUCCUCCACCACCACCGCCGGCUCAUCCCCUCGGAAGCACCACCACUCCGACGACUCCGACGACGAGAGCACCCAGUUCGGCAUGGACGACGUGCCCGCCGGGCUCCCUCCUCACCUCUUCCUCCUCGGCGGCGGCGGCAUCGCCAAGAGCGUGAGCUUCUCCGCGGCGGAGCAGGGCGCCGCCGGGCGCGGCGCCGCGCGGAAGCGCAUGUCGUUCAAGGCGCUGAGCGGCGACGAGUGGGCGGCGUUCCUUGACCGGUUCGAGCAGCUGCUGCCGGCGGCGCUCGACGCCAAGAAGCGCGCCGGCCUGAAGCUCACCAGGCUGGGCACCUCCUUCUGAAUUCUAAUCUCCGCCGCCGCCGCCGCCGCCGACGACGACGACGUCGCCGGAGCUAGAGAAGAAGAAGAUCGAGGUCGAGAGCUUGUGUACACAUACAAUGCGUGUGAAUUCCGAGAGCCCUUGUUGUAUUUGUACGUGACGUGUGCCAGCAUAGGUGUGUGAGACGAUCGAUCGAUCGAGAGGCCAUCGCGAUCCCGCCAUUGUUGCUUGCGCGAGAGGUUGAAGUUGAACCCUAACAUUUGAUGCUAUAGGGGAGCCAGGGAGCAGCUCUGGAAUGGUAACAAAUGUUCCAACGAAGCUGACUAGCAGUGCCAACGAUCCAAUGCAUCGAGCAAAACACAAACAUUGCUCAUUGUUGUGUUGUGAUAUUGACAUGUGUUUGUCUAUC